AUGGCAACAAAUGAAAUUGAUAUUCGAGUUGAUGAAAUUAUUCAUAAAGAAGGUGGUCAAAUUUUUGAAGUUGAAUAUCUAUACAACGAACAUCAAGGUAAUGGUGAUCAACGUAAUUAUCGUGUAUCAGUAAAACGACAAGAUUAUGAACGAAUAGCGGCUAGAACACAAAAACCAGCAUUACCAUUUGAUAAAUUUGUCAAAGUCUUAAAACCAUUUAUGAUAGGUUCACAUGCAGCUGAUGAUAUACCUGAAGCAUUUCGUCUUUUAGAUUCUGAUCAUUCAGGUACAAUCGAUGUUGGUGAAUUAGCUACUUUUAUGCCUGUUAUUGUACCUGAUGCUAAUCCAUAUAUGCUUCUUCAUCAUAUUCAAAAAGUUGAUCAAAAUAGUGAUUAUAAACUGAAUUUAACUGAGUUUACUGCAUUGAUCAAUAGAGGUAUUGGCCGAGAUAUUGCACUUGGACGUAUUUAA